AUGGCCGAGAAACGCCGUUCAUCAGCACGCGAACGUCGCGAACCUGCGGCGAAGAGACGGGCCUCCGAAGCCGCGCCUGCAUCCCAGUCCUCGAAGAAAAAGGCCUCGAUCCCUACAGCAGCUCCCUCGCCCACCCCAGCCCCAGCUCCAGAACCCGAACCCGAACCCGAAGUAGUUGAAAAACCUUUACCAACGAAAAUCAAAGAUGGGGAAGGUCUCCCCACCCUAUCGUCACCGCAGUCGGAGACCCUGUCCGAUAAGGAAUACCAGUCGAUCGCAGAAAGUGCGGUUCUUCUCGUCUCGUUAGAACGAUCUAAGAAGAAGUGGCUCAGUGAUGGAAUCUUGGUGCGAUACUGGACUAAACCUAAGAAGACGAAGAGGGAGCAAAUCGAAGGCAAGAAUCCGCCCAAGGAGUCCAUGUCGAAAGUUGGACCCUGCAGCAUUGUGGUUGGCCCUCAUCUGUUCGAUGCCAUGCUCUACACCGUCAAAGACCCCAAUGCGCCUCCGCCGAUUCAAUACACGCCGCCCCAACGGCCCAUGGUGCAUUAUGGUCACCCGAAUAACUUCCAGCAGUACCAUCCCUAUCCCUCUCCCGCGCCGCCCCAGCACGGACGACAGCAUCCUCCUCAAACUCCUCCCACGCAUGCAUCCUCCCCUCAGCCUGGUCACCAACCAAACAGCCAUCCGCCCCCUCCGCCCCCGAAUCGAACUCCAAACCACCCUACUACUCCCCGGCCGGCGGCGCCGCCGCCUGCGCCUGGCCCUCAAUCGGCACAGAGACCAUCCCCGUCCCAACAACCGCAACCGCCGCAACCUGCGAAGCCUAGUCCGGACCCGGUUAUUCAGAUGCUUGCCACCCGCGCUGCGUCAGACCCUGAUCUCAAAGCUUUGAUGAGGGUAGUCGCGUCGAGCAAAGCGUCGCAAGAGCAACUUCGCGCUUUCCAGGCUCACAUCGAUGAGUUGAAUGCCAUCAUCCGAGCAAGGGAGCAACAGCAGCAAAGGCAGCAACAGCAACUACAACAGUCUAAUACACCCACCGCUGCUCAGUCUCAGGCAUCGCCUCGAACGCCGCAACCGACACCACAACAACAGACGUCACAGCCCCAGCCAUCACAAAGACCUCCGCAGUCAGCGCAGCAGAGUGGACAGCAGGCAGGCCCGCAACCACCGCAAAAUCCUCCACUUCAACAAAAGCAGAGUACGCCGAAGUCGCAACCAACACCAUCACAAGCGCCAGAUCAGUCAUAUCCACGAGUCGAAGUGCAAAUUCCUUCGCCUUCUUCAACUAGGGCCACACCAAGCAAAGCUCCUCCUCAAACGCCGAACACCCAAAAACCUGGUUCCACUCCGCAAGUGAAGCAAGAACCCGGGACGACAGGGCAACCUCCUAAUGUAGAGCCUAGCCCGGCGGUUCGCCCCAUGCCACCACCUCAACAAACUCCAGGAACCGGUCCGCGAUCAGGACCGCAACAUCCGUCUCACCAGCCUCAGCAACCACAGCCUCACCAGGGCCAUCCACCCGCAAUCCAAUCCCGACCCCCACAGUACGGUUCUCCAACUCCUUAUUAUCGCCCUGCGCCUCCGCCGCCGCCUCCACGGAUGAAUUUUAAGUCGGUUGUCUUCGAGUUCACUUCACCACUCACGCCGUAUGGAAGCAGUACCUCCGGACAUGCGGGAUCCGGUGAUCGAUAUUUGUUUCCUGAAUAUACCAUUCUCGAAUGGCUUCCGGGCGGAAACACGGUAUUGGCAUCAUUCCUGCUUAUAAAGAAGGUUGACCCGAAUUUACCAUUCCCCAUUGAAACUGCACCGGACGCAGGAAGCACACGGGCCAAAGGCAAAUCGGGAUCCCGAUCUAAGAAGUCUGACAAGAGGAAAGCAAGGGACAAGGAAAAAGAGGAAAAGGAGAAAGAGAAGGAGAAGAAGGAAGAAAGCAAGGCACCCGACGAGAAGGACAAAAGCAACGCCCAAUCUGCCAGCACUCCGCAAGAUCCGUCUUCGACGGAGUCCAAGCAGCCCGCCGCUGAAGGAGACAACCCGGCCGGUGAACAGAACCAACAAAAGGACCAGGCGAACGCCACCCCUAGCAAAGCCGACACUGACAAACAACCAAGCAAGGAAAAGUCCGAGGAAGCAAAGGAUACCUCUAACCUGAAAGAGUACUACCAACCAGUCACCUUCCGCAUCCACAGCACCAACCCCAAAGUCCUCGAGCCCCUGAACCGCGUUGUGAAGCCGGCCGAUGAAGUUCGCAAGUACAUGAACGAGGUGAUGGAUCGCGCUGAGCGCGCUCCUGACGGUUUCCUCGCCUACCGUCUUCCCCGUGAAGAGAUCCCCGAGGAGCCUGAAGCAGAGGAGACCAAGAAAGCUGGUACUCCGGUUCCUGUUUCCACUGGACGAAAACCAUCCCGCGGCAAGGCUGCCGUUGAUGAGUCGGAUGUCGAGAACAAUGAGUUUGUCGAGAAGCUCGAUGAAGAGGAGGAAGAGGAACUGAAGGACUUUUAUGGCGCGCCGACGGGUCUCUUGCCCAUGGCUCCCAUGUAA